ACCGAAGCAAGCAUUAUUAUUCUUCCCAGUCUGGAGAUGCGUAGGCUGUGAGAGUACUGUUUAUCUUGUUUCUUGCUUUUACUGUUUAUAAGAAGGCCAUGCAUCUGAUCGAGCGCUCUUCACUAUACCCAUUGAUCACAAGCUGCUUCUUGAAGCUGGUGCUUCCUACCAGAGAGAGAGAGAGAGAGAGAGAGAGAGAGAGAUGCAGGCAGAUAUUGAUGAAACAUUUUGCAGGAAAUCAGGUGGUGUAAUGGUUUUGAAUAAGAUGAAACCUUAUCUACUGAUGGUGGCCAUCCGAUUCGGUAUGGCAGGGACGUACAUUUUCAGCAUGGUUUCUCUCAACCAUGGCAUGAGUCGCUACGUGUUCAUUGUCUACCGCAAUGCCAUUGCUGCACUCGUCCUUGCUCCUUUUGCGCUUUUUUUCGAAAGGAAAACUAGGCCAAAGAUGACAUCCCCUGUCUUGAUGCAGAUAGCAGUGCUGGGAUUUUUAGAGCCAGUCCUUGAUCAAGGCUUCACUUACUUGGGCAUGAACUAUACAUCGGCAUCAUUUGCAUCUGCCAUUAUGAACGCCGUCCCUUCUGUUACCUUCAUUAUUGCAGUUAUUCUUCGGUUAGAGCUUGUGAAGAUAAAGGAGGUACAAGGUCAAGCCAAGGUCAUUGGAACAGUAUUAACCUUAGCAGGCGCUUUGCUCAUGACACUUUACAAAGGCCCUGUGAUUGAGCUAAUUUGGUCAAGGAAAAUGCAUUACUUUGGUAGCAACUCCUCCUCCACGAGCUCAGACCAUAAAUGGUUAAUCGGGACAUUUUUUAUCCUCAUUGGUUGUGUGGCCUGGUCUGCUUUCUACAUAUUGCAAUCCAUAACAGUGAAGAAAUACCCAGCGGAGCUGUCUCUGUCCUCGUUGAUAUGUUUUAUGGGCACAGUGCAAAGUGCAGCAGUGGCUCUUGUGGCUGAGCGUCACCACCCAAGUGCAUGGUCUAUAUGUUGGGACUCCAGGCUCCUUGGUCCUCUCUAUACGGGAAUAGUUAGCUCCGGAAUUACAUAUUAUGUGCAAGGCCUGGUUAUGAAAGAUAGAGGCCCAGUCUUCGUUACUGCCUUCAACCCUCUUUGCAUGAUCAUCGUCGCUGCUCUGGGGUCUGUAAUUCUAGCUGAGAAACUCCACCUUGGAAGUAUCAUUGGAGGCAUUAUAAUCGCAGUUGGCCUUUAUUCUGUCGUCUGGGGCAAAAGCAAAGAUUAUAGUACAGUCAAGGACUGUGAGGAGCAGGAGCUCCCAGUUACUGCAACUGAAACUGAUCAUGCUAAAUCGGUCAUAUCAGGGAAUAAAACUCAUGGCCAUCAGCAAGCCAAGAAGUGAUCA